AUGGGUUUUGGUAAUCUCGAAUCAACCGAUGGUCUUCAAUUGUUAAAUUCAUUUUUAGCAGACAAAAGUUAUAUCGAAGGAUUCCACCCAUCUCAAGGUGAUAUUGUCGUCUAUGAAACCCUUAGAAAAACACCACCAAAAGAAUUAGAAAAUGCAUUUCGUUGGUAUAAACACAUUUCCUCAUUUGAUAAUAACGAAAGACAGAAAUUUAAAGGAGAACGAAAAACAAUUGAGCAUUAUGGUCGAGUACAUGGACAAGAUAGUCUUGAAAAGCAUUCUUUUAAAUCACUGUCAAUUGAUCCUCACGCUAAUUCACGUGAACAAACAUCUACAACAAGCUCAACGGUGACGAAAGCUAAGAGCGGAGAUGAUGACGAUAUCGACCUGUUUGGAUCUGAUGAUGAAGAAAACGAAGAAGAAAAGAAAAUACGUGAAGAACGAUUAAAAGCUUAUGCGGAUAAAAAAUCCAAGAAGCCAGGACCAAUCGCAAAAAGUACAAUUGUUCUAGACGUAAAACCGUGGGAAGACACCACUGACUUGGUUGAAAUGGAACGUCUGGUACGUUCAAUUACAUUAGAUGGACUUGUUUGGGGUGCAUCUCGUUUAGUGCCAUUGGCAUUCACAAUCAAGAAACUUCAAAUAAAUUGUGUUGUUGAGGACGAUAAAGUUGGCACAGAUAUUCUUGAAGAACGUAUUAUGGAAUUUGAAGAAUAUGUUCAAUCCGUUGAUGUCGCUGCAUUUCAAAAAAUAUAG